CAGCUGUCACAGUGACAGAUGUCAUUUGUACGCAGUGAAGUUAGCUCCAAAUCGAAUUUGGGAUCGCGUACAGUGUUUCGCACCACAACUUUUAUCAAAAUUCCAGUUUUAUUAGACAAAAAUCAUGUUAUCCAGCCUUAGAUCAGGAACCCAAAGCCUGUGGCGAUUUUCGUCCAGAGCUCUUCAGACGACCUCCAAACUGCAGCAUGACAGCCUCUUUGUCCACCGUGACACCCCUGAGGACAACCCUGGAAUCAAAUUCGAAUUCACCCCAGAAAACCAAAAACGUGCAGAUGCCCUACUCAGCAUAUACCCCGAGGGUCACAAGCGGGCGGCCAUGAUCCCGCUCCUGGACCUGGCUCAGCGUCAGCACGGCGGGUGGCUGCCCAUCUCCGCUAUGCACAAAGUUGCGGAGAUCCUGAAUCUGCCACGCAUGAGGGUUUAUGAAGUUGCGACUUUUUACACUAUGUUCAUUAGGAAACCAAUUGGCAAGUACCACAUUCAAAUCUGCACCACAACCCCAUGUUGGCUGAGGGGGUCGGACGCGGUGCUGCAAGCCAUCAAGGAGGCAGCUGGUGUUGAAGUUGGCGGCACCAGUGCUUGUGGGAAGUUCUCACUGUCCGAGGUGGAGUGCCUGGGGGCCUGUGUGAACGCGCCUAUGGUUCAAGUUAAUGACGACUACUUCGAAGAUCUAUCAGUAGAAGACACCAAGGAAAUUAUUGAAAAACUAAAGAAAGACGAGAAGCCAUUGGCUGGACCGAGGAGCGGAAGGUUCGCAUCUGAACCUCUCGGAGGACUCACGUCACUGUCGGAGGAGCCCAAAGGUCCCGGGUUUGGACUCCAGGACGCCCUGAAGUAAUGGAAGACACGCGACGCGUUUUGUAAAUUAUUUAAGUUAAUAGAAAACCUUUAUUCAAUAAAUCACGAUAGAUUAUUAUAA